UGCAAAACUAGCCCGUUUCUCGUAGACGACUUAUAUAUAAGUCGUCUGAAGUUUUUUUUUUAACAAACAAAGCCGGACGACUUAGAAUUAAGUCGUCCCUUUUAAUUUUCAAUUGCAAAAGUGACCUCUUUAGACGACUUACCUUUAAGUCUUCUGGACGACUUAAUGCUAAGUCGUCUGCGGCAAUGUUUAUUGAACUUCUUCAUUUCCCUUUUCUCUAUGUUUACUAAUGUGUUUUAUUUUGAAUAUUUGCAGAUGAUUUUUCAGUUACAUGCAGUGUAUGGAGAAUGGUUGUUGAGAGAUUUCCGUUGGGAUUUUGUGGUUGAUGAUCUCAAAGGAGGAAGAUUGUUUUUAUUGAAUGAAGAUUCAACAUAUGCUGAACUUGUUGCAAUGGCUCAAGAAGAUUAUAACCUGGACAUGAGAACAGUGAGUGUGGAGAUUAGCUACUCAUUACCAGCAGAAAUGAUGAUGGCUCCAGGCAGUCUUCCCAUUCAUGUUACAAGUGAUAGACAAGUUCGAAACUUGCUGGAGAUACUCAAAACCCAUAGAGUAUGUCUUUGUGUAUCAAGCCGCAGCAAGGUCGAAACGGUUUCAGAGAAAAGGGAUAUUGAUGAAGCUGGUGAAUGGGAAAAAGAUGUUGGUGAUAAUGAUGAAGCUGGUGAAUGGGAAGAAGAUGGGGAGGAGGAAAAUGGGGAGGAGGAUGCUGAUAAUUCUAUUGUUGGUGAAACGGAUCAGAAUGGUGGGGAUUACAGUCUUUAUGGAAAGGUUCCAGAUGAGGACGAGGAAGAUGAUGAUAAUAUUUGUUUUGAAGAAAUCCAAAAGACAUAUGCUAAGACAAAUGCUAUUGAAGGAGGAAAAUCGAAUGGUACCAGUAUCUAUGUCAACCAGAGUUUUGUUAGCAAGGGUGCUCUGCUUUCAGAGCUGCGGUUGGCAGCAGUGAGGGGUAAGUUUUCUUUCAGAUUAUACAAAUCAACGAAAACUCUCGUUGUGGCAACAUGUCCGGUUAGCUAUUGUGGAUGGAAGGUCAGAGCGAGUGUCAAACAUGGGACAAACACGUUUUGGGUAACAAAGUAUGUGGAAAAACAUUUAUGCUCAGCGGGAGACCGAAUCGCUCAGCGGAGACACUGUACUCCGAAGUAUGUAGGUAGUCUUUUCAUUGAUCGUGUUGGAAUCAUUGAUGGGAUAACUCCGCAGCAUAUCACUGAUGCAAUGAGGAACAUGUUUGGCAUGGCGCUUGAUUACACCACUUCAUACAGAGCACUGUUAUAUGCACAAAGAUUGGUGAGAGGAUCAGCAGAAGAAGGGUAUUCGCGUCUGGCAUCAUAUCUCGAGCAAAUCUCCAUUGCAAAUCCUGAUUCUAUCACGGCGAUAGAACUUGAUUCUAUGAAAAGAUUUAAGUAUCUAUUUCUCUCUUUUGGAGCUUCUAUCAAAGGUUUUAAGUAUCAGAGAAGGGUCAUUGUGGUGGAUGGAACUCACCUAAGUGGAAAGUAUGGAGGAACUAUGUUAGUUGCAGCCGCACAAGAUGGCAAUUUUCAGAUAUUCCCAUUGGCUUUUGGGAUCGUGGAUGAGGAAGAUAUACCUUCUUGGGAAUGGUUUUUCACAAAAUUGGCUAGUUGUAUAUCUCAUGACAAGCCUCUGGUGAUAGUCUCCGACCGGCACAAGGCCAUUAAAAGUGCGUGUGAUAAGGUGUUUCCUUGGGCAACCCGAGGAAUAUGUUAUUAUCACCUUCAAGAUAACAUUGUCAAAAAGUUUAAAGGGAAACAUCUCAUGUACUUGGUGAAAGGGGCUGCUUAUGCUCACACGGUUUACGAUUUUGACCGGUACAUGGCUGAGAUACGGAGUGCAAACCCGGAACUUGCAACGUAUUUGGAGAAAGCCGACGUCAGGCUAUGGUCAAGGGUUUAUUGUAAGGGGAACAGGUUCAACAUAAAAACAAGCAACAUUGCUGAAUCUAUUAAUUCCGCACUGAAGCGAGCAAGAGGAUUUCCGAUUACGUUCCUGCUGGAGUUCAUAAGGCAGAAGUUAGGAAAAUGGUAUUGGAAAAGGAGACAAGAUGCUUUGAGUCUCACAACUGAACAUAGCCGGGGUGUUGAAUACUUGCUUGCUGUUCGAGAAGAGAUAGCGGAUACGAUGACGGUCGAACCAAUUGAUGGAUGGCAUUUAUUUGUCAGAAGCAAACUUAUGGAGGAUCAUGCGGAAGCCACUCUGGCAGACGGUCCCUAG